UGAAUUCUUCAUGCCAGGAAUGGUUGAUACACACAUUCAUGCCCCUCAGUAUUCAUUUACUGGCACAAGAGUAGACUUGCCUCUUUUGCAGUGGUUGACUACCUACACAUUCCCAACAGAAGCCAAAUAUGAAGACAGUGGUUUUGCAGAAGAAGUGUACACCAGAGUUGUUAGACGAACUCUAAAGAAUGGCACAACUACAGCUUGCUACUUUGCAACUAUUCACACAGAUACUUCUCUUCUUCUGGCUGAAAUUAUAGAUAAGUUUGGUCAACGAGCAUUUGUUGGGAAAGUCUGCAUGGAUAUGAAUGACACUGUGCCACAGUAUAAAGAGACUACUGCGGAGUCUGUCCAAGAGACAGAAAG